CGAAAGCUUGGGUGAUGUCCGUCCGGUCUGUUUCAAGUGAUGCAGAAUUCUCUGCUUUAGUGGGCUCGGCAGGCAACAAACUUGUUGUUGUAGAUUUUUAUGCCACUUGGUGUGGGCCAUGCAGAUCUUUUUCUCCUGUUUUUUUGGAGCUUUCAUCUAAAUUUUAUAGCUCUUGCUUAUUUUUAAAAGUUGAUAUCGACAUGUGCAAGGAAACUACUCGUUGUUACAGUGUUAGCAGCGUACCAACAUUUAUUUUUAUAAAAAAUGGAAAGAAGGUUGAUUUUUUUUCGGGAGCCGACAAAAAUCGCUUAAUUAAAAGUAUAACCACAUUUCAGGACGACGUUGUUGAUGUUGUGCCAGGCUAUGGCGACUUGUUAGACUUUAUUGAUAAAAAGAACAUGGAGUGUUUGAAUCAACGGGAAGGACAUCCCGUUUCCGCUUUAUUAAAAGAUGACGGGUCUUAUUUGGAAAGCGACGCCGACGAGCAGCUGAUCCUCUCCAUUCCUUUCGUGCAGCCCGUCAAACUCCACUCUAUCGAUGUGCGUGCGCCGGCCAACGGCCAAGCGCCGUCAUUGGUCAGAGUGUUUGUCAAUCCGCCUUUUGUUCCCGACUUUGACGAGUGCGAGACGGCGCAAGCCACGCAGGAGUUGUCCUUGAAGGUUUCCGAUUCGUCCGUCUCUCUUGUGCAGCUCCAGUUUGUCAAAUAUCAGAACGUUAACAAGAUUGUCUUUUUUAUUCAAAGCAACGAAGGAGACUGCGAGACAACUGUCAUUCGUUAUCUUCGUCUGAUUGGCUCUCCCGUUUCUGCCACAAACAUGAAAGCCUUCAGAAGAAUCUCUGGAGAACCUGGUGAAGCUCACGAGUAAUCAAAAACUAUAAUUUUUUAAUAAAGCACUGUUAAGU